CCCAGCUGUGGGGGUUAGCACUGUCCGUCCACAACGUCGCAGGUAGCACAGACGUCGUGUCAUCCCCGGCUGAAGGAAGGACGCACGGAGUGCCCAGAGGAUGAGAUGAAACAGCCCAUGUCAGAAUACCUUCCACCCCCAGCCUUUUGUGGGGGGCACCUUUGGGGUCUCUGGGUCUUAUAAUUCCUAUAUGCAAAUUCAUACUCUAUAGCAAGUAGACACUUUCAGCGGUUCGGACCCUUCACCAGGGAACAUGUAUGUGACUCGAAGGAGGAGGCUCCACCUGAGCAGGAUUAUAUUUUUUCUCUCUGGAGUUUUGCUGUGUUGCAUAUAUCAGCUGACCGUCCGUGUGAGGCCUUGGCCGGAGGCUCAGACUGGAGAUGACCCCAGGAUUGGGACACCGGAGGCAGUGGGCAGAAGGCCUGAGGAAACUGCUGGGGAAGAUUCUCUUAGCACCAGCACACUGACCACAGCCAAAUCAACCACUAUGUUGCAUCCUGCGAUAACUUCUUUUGCAUCUCCACCCACAGCUGCAACCACAACACUGACCACAGUAAAUACACUGACCACAACAGACUCAGCAACAACAAUGACAACAACAGCAACCACAACAGCAACAGCAACAACAACAGCAACGACAAAAAUGACAAACGCAACCACAAAAAUGACCAACAUGACAACAGAAACAACUUCAUCUACGUCUGAACUGACCCCAUCGACAACCACUAACAGGACUGUACACUGCAUCUUUGUGGAUUCAAGUCAGUCCAGCCCUACUCCUGACCUUGUCCUGACCACCACAGCUCCUGUGUCCACCACCAGCACCACCAACACCACCACAGAGGCUGUCCAUCCUCCAGAGAUCCCCCACAGCAAGGGAGAGUACCCACACGAUAUCUUCUCCGUAGAGGACCGACGUAAUGGCUGGGUGACCCUCCACAUCUUUGGGAUGAUAUACAUGUUUGUGGCUCUGGCCAUUGUGUGUGACGAGUUCUUUGUCCCCACUCUGGGAGUGAUCACGGACAAGCUGGCCAUCUCUGACGAUGUUGCUGGGGCAACCUUCAUGGCCGCCGGCGGUUCCGCCCCAGAGCUCUUUACAUCCCUGAUUGGUGUCUUCAUCUCCCAUAGCAACGUGGGCAUCGGCACCAUCGUGGGCUCGGCUGUCUUCAACAUUCUCUUCGUUAUCGGGAUGUGCGCGCUCUUCUCCAGGGAGAUGCUCCACCUCACCUGGUGGCCACUCUUCCGGGACGUGUCCUUCUACAUCCUGGGCCUCAUCAUGCUCAUCGUCUUCUUCCUGGACAACACCAUCAUGCCUUGGGAGAGCGCAAUGCUGAUCGGGUGCUACACCUGCUACGUGACAUUCAUGAAGUUCAACGUGCAGAUCGAGCAUGCCUUCAAGACCCAGAUCAUGAAACACAAGAGCAUCGUCAAAGUCAUUGCCCCAGAGGAACCGGCCAAGGACAAUGGAACUUCCGCUGAGGACAGGAGACCUCCUGAUCCAGAAGACAAGAAUCGAUUGAAGCUGAAACCAGCACUCCAGCGUGGAGGAAGCUCUGCAUCGCUUCACAACAGCACCAUGAGGAGCACCAUCUUCCAACUGAUGAUCCACACGCUAGAUCCGCUGGGUGAGGAAACUGUUUUAAAUGGUGAGGUAAAGGCUGGCAGCUCAGGGCAGGGAAGAGUCAAAUUCAAAGAUAAGGCUCAGAUUCUGAACAGCAUGGCCAGAGGAAAACCAGAGGCCAAAACGCAGGAGACAUCGGCCGGUGCUGCUGCGAAAGAGUCCAAAGAGAAGAAAGAGAUAGAAGAAAAGGACGAAGAAGAGGCUGAAGAAGAGGCAGAAGAGGAGGCAGAAGAGGAGGCAGAAGAGGAGGCAGAAGAGGAGAUGAAAGAGGAGGCGAAAGAAGAGACAAAAGAGGCACCUGCAGAGAAGGAGGAGAAGGGGGAGGCAGAGGCAGAGGCGAAGGCGGAGACCGAUGAGCAGACGAAGGACGAGCCGGCUGCUGCUGCACCAGAUGGUGGAGGUGACGGCAAUGAGGACGGCAGCGAGGAAGACAGCGAUGAUGACAGCGAUGACAGCGAUGACAGCGAUGACAGCGAUGAUGAUGAUGAGGAGGAAGACGUGGAGGGAGAAGGAGGGGAGGAGGAGGAUGAGAAUGAGGAGCCGCUGUCGCUGGAGUGGCCGGACACGCCACGUAAGCAGGUCACGUAUGUCUUACUGCUGCCCAUCGUCUUCCCGCUAUGGCUCACCGUGCCUGACGUCCGCAACCCAGCAUCUAAGAAGUUCUUUGUCAUUACCUUUGUGGGCUCCAUCAUAUGGAUUGCAGUUUUCUCCUAUCUGAUGGUCUGGUGGGCACAUCAGGUGGGUGAGACGAUUGGCAUCUCUGAGGAAAUCAUGGGUCUGACCAUCCUGGCAGCAGGCACCUCCAUCCCUGACCUUAUCACCAGUGUGAUUGUGGCGCGGAAAGGCCUGGGGGACAUGGCUGUGUCCAGUUCUGUGGGCAGCAACAUCUUCGACAUCACAGUGGGUCUCCCGGUCCCGUGGCUGAUGUACUCCACGAUGCACGGGUUCGCCCCGGUGGCCGUGAGCAGUAACGGUCUCUUCUGUGCCAUCGUGCUGCUCUUCCUCAUGCUCCUCUUCGUCAUCAUCUCCAUCGCCGUGUGCGGCUGGAAGAUGAACAAGGCGCUCGGCUCCACCAUGUUCCUGCUCUACUUCAUCUUCCUGGUGCUCAGCGUGAUGCUCGAGGACCGCAUCAUCGUGUGCCCUGUGUCCAUCUGAGGCCUGUCUCUCUGGAGACACCCCCAACCCACACAUAUUCCUGCCACUGUCGCUGCCACAGCAGUGGCCAUUUCAGUCCAACGUCAACGUCAACUUUAACUUGGCUGUCAACUUCACUGUCCACUGUUUCUGACUGUUCAACAAGAGUAGUCCUGGAUCUUCUGGUGCACUCAUUUCUAACUAUGUAUUCUCUUGUGUGUUUGUGCGUGUGCGUGUGUACGUGUGUAUGAUGUUUUGCAGAACUGACAACAAAGCAUAUUGCAAGUGUUCAUAGUUCAAGUGCAAGAGUUCUCUCAAAAACAUCUUUAGGGAAAAUUAGGAAUGCAUUUGAAUGUUCUUCUAUUUUAUUCACAUUUUACCACAACAGCUUUGACCGUAAUAGCUUUUUAUUGUUAUGAAUGUUAUGUAACGAGGAAAUGCUAAGUGAUGGUCAAUCAAUAAAUUAAAUCCCCAACAAUUAACGCAGAAUGUCAUAUGCUGUAUAUCAUUGUCUAUGUUUAUGGUUUCACAUGUCAGGAGGGUGGUGAGAGUGCUAAGAGGAUUAAUGGAUUAAGGUGUGCUAGGUGACUGUUACAUGCACCCUUGGCAAAGCGCUAUUGUAUUUGCAGCGCUGCCUGAAAACUGUGCUAUAUACCUGAGAGGACUUGAUGGUAGAAAAUGAAAAGCUUAUCAGUGGCGUUUGUUGUUGUUGUCUGGGUCAUGUAUCAGUGUUUGGUGUAUGGUGGAUUCUCACAUAAAUAUGAAUGAGUAUCUGGAAAUGUAUGCAGAAUCUCUUCAGUGAAGUCAUGGGGGCGUUGUGCGCUAACAACUCAACUCUCUGUAAAUGAUGUAAUUUAAACUCAUACUGCAACUGAAUUAUUUUUGUAAUAUUGAUUAUAAUGUGUAUUAUUAGUAUACAUAAUAUAACAAAGGUCUUUGUGCUUGAUGUCAAAUAUAUGUAUUUUUCAUCUUAGUACAUGUCUAGCCGUCCUCUACUCGUUAUGGGGGGAGCUGUCCUUUCAUGUGAGCAUUUUUGUCUAUCAUAUCACAGCUCAAAUUACACUUGCACAGACGUGAACAGGAGAAUUCUACUCCCCCUGAUGUUCAAUUGUUUUCACCGACAGCAUUAGAAUAAUUAUGCAAAAAUGUUGGUCAUUUAAAUGUUCCCAGUUUAAACUGUCACCAGAGACCAUUCCGACAAGUCAUGAUGUCACUAGUGUUUUAUUUACAGUUAUAAACAUUGUUCUGAAGAUCCAGUCCAGGCUCCAAAUCAUAAUGAGCAUACAAAUAUAAAUAACAGGAAUAAAACAAAUAUAUGAUAUGUGUAUGGGUGUAAGACAUUGGCCCAACACAGUUCAGUUUACAAAAAAACACAUUUCAGUAGAUAUAUAUCGCUGUGAGCUGGAUACUGAAUAGUCAAAUGAUUUUUACUUAGAAUUUGCUGUAAGAAAAGUUUGGCUGUUGAUCUUUGCCACUGUAAACUUCACUAGUACCAUAUGUGGCAGGUGGCAGCAAAACAGUCAAAAACAUCUCAACUAUAGCCAAAGGCAGUCUCAAAGGACAUUUGUUUUUGUUGGUUUUCUUUGUUUUGUUUUGUUUUAUUUUCAUUCUGUGAUUGUAUAUUCAGUCAAUAAACAAUUGAGUUCAACAAAUUGAA